UGGUCAGUACCGUGGGAGGGUACUAUGAUACCACUACACCAGAUGCGCUUGCUUGGCUGUGCUGCAAAUUAAUUCGUUAUAGCAGUAUCAUCGAUUCGCUUCCUCGUCAAACGCCUCGCCUUUGGCAUUUUCGUUUCUUCAAAAUCAAACAAACAAACAACCCCAAAUCUCUUCCCCUCUAAUCGAAUUCCACCACCAAAGACGAUCUUCUUCUAAAACCCUAAUCAGAUCAUGGACAAAAGCAUCAGCAUAAGCACCAACGUUAGCACGACGACUUCCAUGGAGAAGAUCGAUCAGGCCGCGAGCUGGCUCAGCGCCACGAUCAUCUCCGCUUUCUUCGCCUCCCUCGACCGCUGCGCCUGCGUCAAUCUAUCCACUUCCCAUGACGACGAAGACGAAGACAACGAGGAGUCCUACCACCGUCCCCUUGCUCUCUCCGCCGCUCCUCAUUCCAACGACACCGUUUAAGCUCCGUGUUUGACCUCUCUUGGUAAUAAAAAUCUUAUCGUGUGUUUUUUUUUUUUUGGCUUCCUCUGGUUAAUCGAUAAGUAAGCAUUACGUGUAAUGCUAAAUGGAUAUUUCAGACCUUUUGGAUUGUAAAUGUCAGACUCGGAACUUUGUUUUGUGAUGGUUCUCAAGUGCUUUGUCUGUUUGUCUGUACCUGAUGAUCUUACUUGGGUUUGAUGUAGUUAAGAUCAUUCGUUUGAAGUUUCUUUUGUUAAUCAAUCUUGACUUCAAGUA